UUAUCUCCCUUGGUUGAAUUAAACGACUACGAAAGGUUCGGAAUUUUCAUCACUUAGUACUGGAAAGUCCCUAAAAUCGGUAAUUUCUGAUACGUGAGCUAUACAAUCUACAAAGAAUUCUUUAAGACCAAAUUCAGCACCUAAAAGGGCUUCGUCAAUGGCAAUAGGUUGACAAACACUUUAAAACUAUUGUCAAGUCAUACAUUUUCAAAAAGAUAACUUUCAAACAGUCUAUGUAUCAAUGUUGCGGUUGUUCUACAAUCUCUAUAUAUUAGCUAUUUUUGUGAAUACUGAAGAAGCAUCUACCAACAUCACAUUAGAAUGUGUAAGUAGACCUAAGUGCGGGAAUGUUCUCAUUGACAAGGUGGACAAGUUUGAUUGUAUCGCCCACAUCAAUGCUGAUAUAACUGAUAUGACUCGAUAUAUAGGCCUUUUCUAUAUGCCAUUCAUAAAAAAUGAUCCACUGUGUGAAUAUAGUUUCAAAAUUGGAUGCAAAACCAGUCCACCUUGUUAUUGUUUUGAAAAAAAUGUAUUUUUUUGGAAUCUUACUGCCGAUGUUACACAGAGUGAAAUGCAAAUAAGAGCAGAAUUAUUUAAUGAUUUUACGCUGGAGAAGAUAACUUCCAACACUAUCACCGGACCACGCAUUAUAAAAGAUCCAGCUAAAGAAUCUCUCCUGCUCAUCCUCAAUAAAAAGGCUGUGGAAAACAAUGAUACAGUUCUAAUUCCAAACAAUGUUGACAAAUUACCAUUGAGUUUGUUGCCUCCAGAACCGGAAGUUUUGAGUCUGCAUUAUACUGUUGAGGAUCAAAUCUUGGAAAGCGGCAGGGAAAUCAAACUGAAACCAGAGAAAGUUAAUAUCAAAAUAAAGAAGUGUGAUGAAGAGCUGAGAAGUUACAACUUGAAUUUUCUAUACUAUGGCGAUGACGUGAAGCAAACUCCUAUAUUUCCUGAAAGUUCUACAAAACCAACUGCAAAAGAUGCUGAUGAAUCAUGCAACUGUAGCAGUAUUGUCUGGAUUGUUUUAUUUGCCAUAGUCAGUGUUAUAGCAUUGGGACUUCUGAUAUUGAUCAUAAUUUUUACACCAGUAGUGGAUGCUAGAUAUCAGGGGCUUAUAAAGACUUUUGAAGAGCUUAAGAAGAACCAUCGGAAGUUGAUUCAAGACUACCAGGAUAUUUAUGCUCACAGAGACGUACCGGAAAUGACAAAUAAGAAGCUUAGGAAUGAUAAUCAUGACCUUGAAACGACAAAUCAUUACCUUGAAAAGAAGAAUAAUGAACUUGUUUUAAGGAAUCAUAUUUUGUUUUUGACAAAGUGGAAUCUAGAGCUGGAAAAGAGGAGAUGUAUUAUAAAGAGAAAACAGGAGCUUGAAAAGAGAAAUAAUGAAAUAAAAAAAUGUAAUCAGGAUCUUGAAAAAAGGAUAAAAGAAAUGAAAAAUAUGAAUCCGAAUCAGGAUCAUAAACAGUGGAUACAGGAUCUUGAAAAGAGGAAUGAAUAUCUAAAAGAUGAUAAUAAGGAUCUUGUAGAUGGGAAUAAUGAGCUUGAAACUAUAAUAAAAAAGCUAGCAAAUGAAAUGGGUGAUCCAAAAUCAGAACAAUCGGUUUUAAUUUGAGAUUUCACAAUCACCCUUGCUGAUUGAGGAUUCACAAUCACCCUUGCCAAUUGAGGAUUCACAAUUACCCUUGCCGAUUGAGGAUUCACAAUCACCCCUUGCCAAUUGAGGAUUCACAAUAAGCUUUUAUUAAGCUGUUGAUUGAAGUUGUUUUUUGUUGUUUUUUUGACAGUCAUAGUAUAUGCUUAAAGUAAAGCUGGCGAUAGAAUUGUGUUUUUUCUUGAAUUCAGCAUUUCAUUGGGCUGUCUUUCUGUAUCUGAAUGUGUCUUUUCCACUAUUGCUGCUUUUGUUUUCUAAUAUUUUUUUCCGGAGUACCAGUUAAUAUCAAGUUUUUUAGCUGCCAAUCCUUUUUCUUGAACUAACACUAACUGUGCGUUUUGAGAUGAAAUAAUCUGCAUUACUAACUAAGAUUUUGUUUUGGUUGAUACACUCUAGAUAUUGCAUGUUUAACAGUCAGUAUUGUAAUACACACAUUAUGAAAUGAUUUAUCUUUUUUAAAGUAUGUCUUUUUUUUGGGGGGGGGGCCUGGGGGUAUAAAUGCAUGUAUAUAUAUAUAUAUAUAUGUAGUGUGUACCGAUAUAUGUAAUUAUAACCACCAUAUAUCUAAUGCAAUAUCUAUUUAAGAAGCUUGGAUUUUUUAUUUUCAAUUUAGGCCUACUCAGACUUUUUAAAAAAUCUCUGUUGCUUUUUUUUUUUAAAUUAUCAAUUAAACUAUGAAACUAUCAGGCAUGAUCCAAGAAAGUUUUCAUAAUAAUUAACCUGCAGUUGCAAUAAUGUAUAUGUUCAUAUUAAUCACUUGAAGUUGUCAAAAUGAAAUUAGUAAUCGAAACAUUAAUCUACACACAUCUAGGCCUAGGAAAAUCUCCUGUCACCUCUGCGCCUCCGUGGAAAUGUCUGCCUGGGAAAAGUGGAAAGGCUAAGAACGAGAGCAAAUAGGGCCUCCAGUGAGCUACCACAGUCAUAUUCUAGCAAGUGUACUUGCAUGUGGUGAGGAUGUGAGAAAGGCUUGCUAACCAGUCCGCAUCCAUUGCACCAUUCUCCAGUGGAGAUUAUACGGAGAGCAAUGGUAAAUUAUAGGAAUAUGAAGUGUCCCCUCGUGGGCUCUGCCUCCGGCCUUGCAUGGGUCGGGAGAACCCAUUGCAUUGGCUUAAGGUACCCUGACUCAUGAACAAACGGAUGCUAUUAAAUCUAGUUGAUGGGGGCCUACAGAGAGAAGGGUUGGUGAAGAGCCAAUUCCUUAUCCUGGCCAUGGUCAAAGGUCCUUAAAAGGGAUUUAUCUUGAACCUUUUUGGACAUCUCAACACACAUGCAAUAGUUAUGUCAUCUUUUUUACUUUGGUAUACUUUAUCUUUAAGAGUUUCUCCCUCGAAAGGUAAAUUGUAAUAAAAGAACAUUUGUUUACUGAUUUCACAUUGUAACUAACAGAUUAUACAUUGUAAAAGUAUUAUUAAUUUAACCUUUCAGCUCAUAAUGAACAUUUUGAUCCUUACUUUUAAUUUUCUGUGACUUAUUUAAACUCAAUUUUGGAAUUAGCAUGUCUAUUAGAAUGAAAAAAAGGCUCUUUGCCAAAUUUAACUUUGAAAUGGCUUGAGGAAAAUUUUGAUCUUAACAAAGCUUAGGAAGUUUUAGAGACUAAUAGGUAAAAACUUUUGAGCAAUUUUAAAUGUUUCUGAUAUCUUGAUAAUUAAAGUUAAGAAAGGAAAACUAUGGUAUUAUAUAUAAAUAUAUAUUUUUUUUUUUUCAAGAGGCACGCUUUAACAAGUGAAGUGGCUCUUUCUAGCGACUAAAAGACUAAAGUUGUUUUUUUAAGCAGUCUAGUUUUUUUAUAGUUAGGGUGAGGGAUAUCUUAGCCUAUUAUCUUGGCUAGAAUUACUAAGAUUUAAGCAAAAUAUACACCAAUUUUCUGAAAAUCUUGAACAAUUUAAUUAGGGUGUAAGAAGGGCUAACAACACAGACUAUCAAACCCAGAGCAAUAGAACGUUGUUUUCAUUCAAAAAAAUAAUAAUUAACAUAGAAACAUUUCAUUUCAUAUUGUAAAUAUUUAUAUUUUUUAAACUUUUUACUGAUUCAUGUGUAGAAGCUUAUCAAACUAAUAACUAAGUCAGCUUUAUGCUAUUUGUAAACCUAUUGUCAGUAUUGUUUAGUUCUUAAUGAUUCUUCAGCAAUUUUUUUUUUUUGAGGCUGUAAUUAUAAAAGAUUUUGUUUUGUAAUUAAUACAUUGUUGUGAAAAAAAAAAGUCAAUAUCCUUUUAUGCAAAUAUUGUCAAAGUCUUGUUUUGCCCAGUGUUCAAAUUAUGUUGUGUGUAAAUGUUGACUUGGACAUUAAACAAUCUGGUAUAUAAUAAUUUUUUGUUUCAUUUUUUUUUAUUUGUUUUGUUUUGGAGGGAUAUCUUGAAAAAUUCAUGAUGUGCAUUAAAUAUUGUUAUAUACAAAACACAUUGUCUCUUAUUAUGUUUUUUUUUUUUCUCUUUUGUUGGCUUAUGUUUCUUAAGAAUUUUUUUUUUUCAUAUGUGAUUUAAUAAAGAGUAUGUCCAGGCAGAUUUUUUAAAAUUGAAACCCACAUUGCUCCUUUGAAGUCUUUAGUGAAAAUACAUUCAAAUGAUGUUAGAUUACAUUUAAACUCAUUAAUAUUUUCAAAAGGUGACCCCUUUGGAGGCCGCACUGUCUAUACUUCCCCAAUUUCGACACUGUUUACUUAUAUUCCUAUAUAUAUAUAUAUGUAUAUAUAUAUAUAUAUAUUUAUUUAUAUAUUUUAAUUGUUACACUUAUUUCAAGAAAUGUAUUUAAAAUAAUUAAUAAUUGUUGUCAUGCUUAUGCUAUGCUUUUUACUUUUUUAAGGUGACCAGAUUUUUUGGGACCCAAAGCGGGACACAUCUCGGGGCGUAAAAAGAACAGGCUUGGAUUUUUAUUGCAAUAUUUUAACAACUUAGACGUUAGUACAAUAUAUCAUGUACACACAGACACACAAUAAUUUAAACAGCUGGCUUUCUGAAACGUUUUCUAAGAUACGGUAUAGCAUCUUUCUGUGCGAACUAUCUGAAAGCGUUAAUCUCAUAUGCCGUUUCUCUCUGUUAAAUAUCCGGUACAAGGCAUAAUUUUCGUAUAAGUUUAUGAUUGUCACUGCUACAUCACUUUUUCUAACCAACUCGCGUCAUCCAUGCGUAGGCCUACUUCGUUGAGGAGGAACCUUUUCAUGUUUCCAUGCUUUUUUCGUGCAUUUCUGAACCAUUAAGUUAAUACUUCAAGAGCACUGACAUUCUGUACCUGCAUGGAAAACUGUAUGAUAAAUACCUUUAGCGGCUGCAAAUUGAUUAAUUAUAAGAAUAUUUAAAUGUUUGAGAAGUAGACUACCCUGAUGUAGGCUUACUGAGAGCUACCAGUUGAAAAUUACGAUCUACAUUUAGAAGUUUAGUCCAAAGCGAGACUGUCACGCCUAAGUCGAUACGUCUGGUCACCUUACUUUGUUUAAUAACUUAAUCGAUUUUCUUUUUUAUUAUCAUUUUGUUUAACAAUUGUAAAAAGAAUUAAAUGCCAAGAAAAAAUCAA